GGGGCCUUGAUUCCCCUCCGUGGAACCCCCCAGGCGCGGACCCACGGCGCGGCCCGCCGAGUAGGCGCCGCCCGCGGGGCCGGAGGCUCUGAGGAUGUCUGCGGUGCUGCAGAAGCUCAAGAGGUUCAAGCUGCGGGCCCUGCACAACCAGAAGAAAUUUGGGGUGGCGGGCAGGAGCUGCGAAGAAGUGCUGCGGAAGGGGUGCCUCCACUUGCAGCUCCCCGUUCCUGGCUCCACCCUGUGUCUCUACGAGGAUGGCACGGAGCUGACUGGAGAUUACUUCCGGAGUGUCCCCGAUGACUCGGAGCUCGUGCUUCUCACUGCGGGGCAGACCUGGCAGGGUUACGCGAGUGACAUCCGCCGCUUGCUGAGCGUGUUCCAGGAGCCGCACGCGGAGCUCAUCCAGGCCGCCCGGCAGCUGCUCUCGGACGAGCGGGCCCCGCUGCGGCAGAAGCUCCUGGCCGACCUGCUGGGCACCGUCAGCGAGAACAUCGCGGCCGAGACCAGGGCCGAGGACGCGCCGUGGUUCGAAGGUUUGGAGUCCCGGUUUAGGAACAAGUCUGGCUACCUGAGAUACAGCUGUGAGAGCCGGAUCCGGAGCUACCUGAGAGAGGAUAGAGAAGAAGCGCACGGUCGUCCCCACGCUGGCCGCGGCCGUGCACGACGCCGAGGGGAGAGAAGUGGACUGGGAGUACUUCUACCGCCUGCUCUUCACCUCGGAGAACCUCAAGUUAGUCCACGUUGCCUGCCACAAGAAGACCACCCACAAACUCCACUGCGACCCCAGCAGGAUCUACCGAGCCCGGGCGGUGCCCCGGAGGAAGCGGCCUGCUCGCCAGCGCCCGUGACGCAGCCUGGACAGCACGUGCGUCCUUCCAACAGGUGCUACUUUUUUUUUUUUUUUUCUGCCACUCCAAUAUUCCCGGAAAACACUUGAAAAAAAUCUUCCUACAGAUUCUGCUUUGAGCACAUUUCUGAAGCUGUUUUCUGACCUCUGCAAGCCCAGCUGCCAGAGGACAAUUCUGGUGGCUCCCGGGACGCCCAGGGUCAGGAGUGGCCUCCCUCCGGCUUCACCCACGUGUGCGUGCAGUGUCCCCAGCCAGGCGGCUCCCCUCUCGCCUGGCCACUCGGGCUUCAGGGAACUUGUGUGAGCCCUCAGCUCCACUGGGCCUCCACGCCCCAGGCAAACGCAGUGCUCGAUCCUCUGGUCUCUUUUAAAUGCUCGAAAGAGUCGUGACCCUUUUGGGGUAAAAUACAAGGAUAUUCACUGUGUAUUAUUUCUUACUGCAGACAGUGGGAAACCCUCCAAAUGUCCAUAGGGCUGCUUGUGGCAUUAUGCUGAACCAUAGGAAAUUGCGGUUUUUAUGGGUCCAGAAUGGUCAGAUAGAUAGCAUUAAUUUCAUGACUCGCCCUGACACAUCUACGUAAUGCACCACUCUGUAACAGUUUCAGGCAUUUAUGUGGGAAGUGGGAAGCUGGCUGUUAAGUGCACGAGGCAGGCAGGUGGCUCGGCCAUGGCCAGUGUGACAUGGGUGUGUAUCACACGUCUGUGCCGGUCAUGCAGAGUCCGUCAGUGCAUGUGAAGAGCAGGAAACCUGGGGGGUGGGGUGGGGUGAUUGGAUCACAAAGGACUAAUUUUCUAAAUCAUGCAUUUUAUAAUACUUGAAGUUUUUGAAAUGAGCAUUUAUUUCAUAAUUUUUUAAAAUUUACUUUUUAAAGUCAUAUUUUGUAAUACUUGAAUUUUUACAUGUACUGUAUAAUCACAAAAGCAAUAAAGAUUUUUAAAAAAUAGACACGUCAAAAAAGUUUGCCCUCAUUGAGAAUGACGAAGAUGAGGAAAAAAAUGAGUCAGUGACUUUUAAGAAGGUGACCCCAACCAUUCUGUCUCCGUCACU